AUGAAUGAAUGAAUCAAUUAAUAAAAAAAAAAUUUAGUUAAAGUUAAUUUUUUUGGUGUUUUUUAACUAACACUCUUAAUAUUCAAUGAUUCCAUGUAAAAUUGCGGCCACAUUUUUUUAAAACAAAUUGCCAUUGAAACGUGUAUGCAAACGGGUUAUUCUGUGUGUGCAUUAACCCAAUUCCCUUUACGAAACGCACAAGAUGUUAAUGACAAAGUCAUCAACAACAACGAAAACAAAAGCAAAAAUAAAAGCAACGGUUACGACUUGCUUAAAGAGCCAGUUGGUCAGCACGUCCACAUCUUUCUCCUCAAUCGCUUCAAUGAAAUUGACUUCGAUGAGCUGCAAUAGAUUUUUUAAUCGUCAAUCUUUAUUGAUUUUUUUGGCGGCUUUACUUUUCUUAUGCUCUCUACAAAUUCCUGUCAUUCGGGGCGCUUUCGAAGAUGGCAAUAAUAAUAACGUUAAAAUAACUGAACAAAGUUUGGAAUUAACGCAAACAAUUAAUAUGCAACGUCAAGAAUAUAUGCAAAAGCAAUGCGAAACAUUGGGUUAUAACAUUUUAGAUUUAAAUGAUUUAACCGAACAACAAAUGGAACAUAUGAUUGUCGAUCGAAAACAUAAAUUGUUGUAUUGCUAUGUGCCAAAGGUGGCCUGCACUAAUUGGAAACGAGUCUUAUUGCUAAUGAAUGGUGAUUGGCAUAAUGGUACUAAUCCCUUGGAAAUACCGGGACAUGUAGUUCAUGCCGAAGGAGUAUUCAAAAACUUAAGUUCGUUAAAUGACACCGAAAAAAAUCAAAUAUUUUCCGAAUAUACACGUUUUCUAAUUGUACGUCAUCCGUUUGAGCGUUUGUUAUCCGCCUAUCGUAAUAAAUUAGAAGGUCGAACAGCAAGUGCACGCUACUUUCAGCGACGUAUCGGACGGCAAAUAAUUAAAGCUUUUCGUGUUAAUCCCAGCAAUCAUUCACUAACGCAUGGAGAUGAUGUUACUUUCGCCGAAUUUAUACAAUAUCUACUUACUCCCGAACUAAGUCUAAGUAAUCAGUCAAACUAUAAUGAACACUGGGAGCCCAUAACUAAGCUAUGCAAUCCUUGUAUUAUGAAGUAUAAUCUCUUAGGCAAAUUCGAAACUCUUUUGGAUGACUCCGCUUUAGCGCUUUACUUGGCAGGUGCCGAUCAUCUCACCUUUCCCACUGGCCACAAACAGUCGAGUACGCGUAAACAAUUACGAAAAUAUUUUGAUCCGUUAAGCAUAAGCGCCAUACGACGUUUGUAUGAAAUCUACGCCGAAGAUUUUCGUUUAUUCGAUUAUAGUUUAGAAGAUGUUUUGGGUUUUGAAUUUGGUUGAAUGUUUUUGUUUGAAAAAAAUUUUUUUUUUUUAUUUACUUAUGUACUUCAUGUUCUCACUUAUAAAUAUAUAUAUAUGUAUUUGUAUAUACAUAGAUAAGUACGUACUUGUGAUGUAUUUCUAAUAAGGCUUUUUAGUGACUAUUAUAAUUAAAGCGGGUGUUUAACAUAAAUUUCUUUUAAAAAUAAAUUGUUACAUUGAGAUUGUUAAUGCGCAUGCGCAAUAUGCUUCCAUAAAAUUGUUAAAAUUAUUUCUUUACACCACUAUUGUUAAUUGUGUGCGACCUAAAAGAUCUAUUGUACUAGCUUGUGCCCCUAGCCCUCCAUGCCAACUCUUUCUUAAACCUUCACGGGAAAUUUUGGCAUAGUCUGAAAAUUCUCGAUGAACUACGAUGUUAAUAAACUUAUUAAAAACGCUAAAUCAGACAUACCAAUAAAAUCCGCUAGUUGGUUUCUGCAUGGAGUAAUCCCGAAAAAAUCCCUACCACUAGUGUUCAGCCCAAUUUAAGGGAAAAUCCCUCCGAAAAACCAACAAAAUCAACUAUUUUGCUCUUCCCGUAAACUAUUCAAAAUGCACAUACACAGGCAGGAAGAC